GAGGCGGCGAGAGCAGAAGCAAAACCCACACACUGCGCACUUAACGAGAGACAGACAGAGAGAGAGAGUCCCCCUUCCUCUCGCGACUUCCUUUGCUUUGGCUGCCAUGGCCGAUCCGGCGGAGGAGACCGUCGCCGCGCCGCCGCCGACCCCCGCUGCGCCUGCCGAUGGUGCCUCGGACCCGCUGCUCCAGCUGCCUGCCGACGCUGCCUCGCCGGAGAAGGCGUCUCCCCCGGCCCCGACGCCGGCGGCAAGGUCCCGGGGGUUUAGGCUUCUUGGGGAGGACACCUCCGUGCAUAAGGCUCUGGGAGGUGGAAAAAGGCCAAGUGUAUGGACAACACAUGGGGUCCAGAAGAUACUCAGCUGCUGAUGUACUGUUAUGGAAAGACAAGAAGACCUCUGCUGUAGUGAUCGGUGGUGCAACUGUCAUCUGGGUUAUGUUUGAAGUGCUUGAUUACCAUCUCUUGACUCUGAUAUCCCAUGUGCUGAUUGGCAUCCUAGCCAUCUUGUUCCUGUGGUCCAAAGCUACCGCCUUUAUCAAGAAGAGUCCACCAGAUAUUCCUCUAGUGCAAGUACCUGAAGAUCUUGCUGUGAAUGUUGCACGAGCUUUACGCAAUGAUAUCAACAGAGCGCUUCACUUGUUCCGGGAGAUCGCAAUGGGGCAUGAUCUAAAGAAGUUUCUGGGUGUGAUUGUGGGGCUCUGGAUUCUCUCAGGAGUUGGAAGCUGCUGUGACUUCCUCACCUUGAUAUACAUCGCCGUACUGAUGCUCCACAUGGUGCCGAUCUUGUACGACAAGUACCAGGACAAGGUGGACCACUUUGCUGGAAGGGCGCACUCCGAGGCCCGCAAGCAGUACGAGGUGCUGGACGCCAAGGUCCUGAGCAAGAUACCCAGGGGUCUGGCAAAACCCAAGAAGCAGAACUAGAGCACGGAGCGUAGAGGGCUCCGUCACAAAGCCGGCAUCCUCCAUGUGAAUGUUUCCACCGCCUAUGUAAUCGUUGUCUGCUGGCUGAAUGUUGCACUACUAAGUUCUUUUGCUGCUAGUUGUGCUGAUUGCGGGUUGGAUGCUGCUGUUUGUUCUUUGUGAUGCCAGUUCGUAGUUGGAUGCUGCUGUUUCUUCUUUGUGAUGCCAGUUCGUAGUAGUCCUACCCUGUAUGUCUGUAUGUAAGCGCGACUGAAACUACUGCACUUGCUUGUGAAUAUUGGUGGUAAAUAAACCCUCGUUGCUCA